AUGGUGGCAAGCAGAGUCGCAGAGGAGAUGGGGGUGGCCCUUGGGGAGAGAGUGGGGUACAGCAUUCGCUUUGAGAAUGUCACCACGCAGGGUGUGACUCAGAUCAAGUUUCUCACAGAUGGGGUGCUUCUGAGGGAGAUGAUGGAAGACCCGCUGCUCUCCAGAUACAGUGUGAUCAUGGUGGACGAGGCGCAUGAGCGCAGCCUAGCAACGGAUAUCCUCCUGGGCCUCCUCAAGAAGGUGUGCUGGUGCUGUGUGCCAUGGGAUUGGAUCAUGGGAUUGGAUCAUGCGUUUGACUUCAACGAGAAGCCAAAGUCUCUACCGGAAGGCUCUCAGCUUCAAGCCCUUCCCAGGCGCAAGCCAGCGAUCAUAUCAGUGGAGGGGCGCAGCCACCCCGUGCAGCUGCUGUACCUCGAAGAACCCACCUCAGACUACCUGCAGACAGCACUUGACACUGUGCUCGCCAUUCACUGCCAGAUUCUCCUGCGUCUGGAGCUGCAGAUUCUCCUGCGUCUGGAGCUGCAGAUUCUCCUGCGUCUGGAGCUGCAGAUUCUCCUGCGCCUGGAGCUGCAGAUUCUCCUGCGCCUGGAGCUGCAGAUUCUCCUGCGUCUGGAGCUGCAGAUUCUCCUGCGUCUGGAGCUGCAGAUUCUCCUGCGUCUGGAGCUGCAGAUUCUCCUGCGUCUGGAGCUGCAGAUUCUCCUGCGUCUGGAGCUGCAGAUUCUCCUGCGUCUGGAGCUGCAGAUUCUCCUGCGUCUGGAGCUGCAGAUUCUCCUGCGUCUGGAGCUGCAGAUUCUCCUGCGUCUGGAGCUGCAGAUUCUCCUGCGUCUGGAGCUGCAGAUUCUCCUGCGUCUGGAGCUGCAGAUUCUCCUGCGCCUGGAGCUGCAGAUUCUCCUGCGUCUGGAGCUGCAGAUUCUCCUGCGCCUGGAGCUGCAGAUUCUCCUGCGCCUGAAGCUGGAGAUUCUCCUGCGUCUGGAGCUGCAGAUUCUCCUGCGUCUGGAGCUGCAGAUUCUCCUGCGUCUGGAGCUGCAGAUUCUCCUGCGCCUGGAGCUGCAGAUUCUCCUGCGCCUGGAGCUGCAGAUUCUCCUGCGUCUGGAGCUGCAGAUUCUCCUGCGUCUGGAGCUGCAGAUUCUCCUGCGCCUGGAGCUGCAGAUUCUCCUGCGCCUGGAGCUGCAGAUUCUCCUGCGUCUGGAGCUGCAGAUUCUCCUGCGUCUGGAGCUGCAGAUUCUCCUGCGUCUGGAGCUGCAGAUUCUCCUGCGUCUGGAGCUGCAGAUUCUCCUGCGUCUGGAGCUGCAGAUUCUCCUGCGUCUGGAGCUGCAGAUUCUCCUGCGUCUGGAGCUGCAGAUUCUCCUGCGCCUGGAGCUGCAGAUUCUCCUGCGCCUGGAGCUGCAGAUUCUCCUGCGUCUGGAGCUGCAGAUUCUCCUGCGUCUGGAGCUGCAGAUUCUCCUGCGUCUGGAGCUGCAGAUUCUCCUGCGUCUGGAGCUGCAGAUUCUCCUGCGUCUGGAGCUGCAGAUUCUCCUGCGCCUGGAGCUGCAGAUUCUCCUGCGUCUGGAGCUGCAGAUUCUCCUGCGCCUGGAGCUGCAGAUUCUCCUGCGCCUGGAGCUGCAGAUUCUCCUGCGUCUGGAGCUGCAGAUUCUCCUGCGUCUGGAGCUGCAGAUUCUCCUGCGUCUGGAGCUGCAGAUUCUCCUGCGUCUGGAGCUGCAGAUUCUCCUGCGUCUGGAGCUGCAGAUUCUCCUGCGUCUGGAGCUGCAGAUUCUCCUGCGUCUGGAGCUGCAGAUUCUCCUGCGUCUGGAGCUGCAGAUUCUCCUGCGUCUGGAGCUGCAGAUUCUCCUGCGCCUGGAGCUGCAGAUUCUCCUGCGUCUGGAGCUGCAGAUUCUCCUGCGUCUGGAGCUGCAGAUUCUCCUGCGUCUGGAGCUGCAGAUUCUCCUGCGUCUGGAGCUGCAGAUUCUCCUGCGUCUGGAGCUGCAGAUUCUCCUGCGUCUGGAGCUGCAGAUUCUCCUGCGCCUGGAGCUGCAGAUUCUCCUGCGUCUGGAGCUGCAGAUUCUCCUGCGUCUGGAGCUGCAGAUUCUCCUGCGUCUGGAGCUGCAGAUUCUCCUGCGUCUGGAGCUGCAGAUUCUCCUGCGUCUGGAGCUGCAGAUUCUCCUGCGCCUGGAGCUGCAGAUUCUCCUGCGUCUGGAGCUGCAGAUUCUCCUGCGUCUGGAGCUGCAGAUUCUCCUGCGUCUGGAGCUGCAGAUUCUCCUGCGCCUGGAGCUGCAGAUUCUCCUGCGUCUGGAGCUGCAGAUUCUCCUGCGUCUGGAGCUGCAGAUUCUCCUGCGCCUGGAGCUGCAGAUUCUCCUGCGUCUGGAGCUGCAGAUUCUCCUGCGCCUGGAGCUGCAGAUUCUCCUGCGUCUGGAGCUGCAGAUUCUCCUGCGUCUGGAGCUGCAGAUUCUCCUGCGUCUGGAGCUGCAGAUUCUCCUGCGCCUGGAGCUGCAGAUUCUCCUGCGUCUGGAGCUGCAGAUUCUCCUGCGUCUGGAGCUGCAGAUUCUCCUGCGUCUGGAGCUGCAGAUUCUCCUGCGUCUGGAGCUGCAGAUUCUCCUGCGCCUGGAGCUGCAGAUUCUCCUGCGUCUGGAGCUGCAGAUUCUCCUGCGUCUGGAGCUGCAGAUUCUCCUGCGUCUGGAGCUGCAGAUUCUCCUGCGUCUGGAGCUGCAGAUUCUCCUGCGUCUGGAGCUGCAGAUUCUCCUGCGCCUGGAGCUGCAGAUUCUCCUGCGUCUGGAGCUGCAGAUUCUCCUGCGUCUGGAGCUGCAGAUUCUCCUGCGCCUGGAGCUGCAGAUUCUCCUGCGUCUGGAGCUGCAGAUUCUCCUGCGCCUGGAGCUGCAGAUUCUCCUGCGUCUGGAGCUGCAGAUUCUCCUGCGCCUGGAGCUGCAGAUUCUCCUGCGUCUGGAGCUGCAGAUUCUCCUGCGUCUGGAGCUGCAGAUGAAUCUGCGUCUGGAGCUGCAGAUUCUCCUGCGCCUGGAGCUGCAGAUUCUCCUGCGUCUGGAGCUGCAGAUUCUCCUGCGUCUGGAGCUGCAGAUUCUCCUGCGCCUGGAGCUGCAGAUUUUCCUGCGUCUGGAGCUGCAGAUUCUCCUGCGCCUGGAGCUGCAGAUUCUCCUGCGCCUGGAGCUGCAGAUUCUCCUGCGCCUGGAGCUGCAGAUUCUCCUGCGCCUGGAGCUGCAGAUUCUCCUGCGUCUGGAGCUGCAGAUUCUCCUGCGCCUGGAGCUGCAGAUUCUCCUGCGUCUGGAGCUGCAGAUUCUCCUGCGUCUGGAGCUGCAGAUUCUCCUGCGUCUGGAGCUGCAGAUUCUCCUGCGCCUGGAGCUGCAGAUUCUCCUGCGUCUGGAGCUGCAGAUUCUCCUGCGUCUGGAGCUGCAGAUUCUCCUGCGCCUGGAGCUGCAGAUUCUCCUGCGUCUGGAGCUGCAGAUUCUCCUGCGCCUGGAGCUGCAGAUUCUCCUGCGUCUGGAGCUGCAGAUUCUCCUGCGUCUGGAGCUGCAGAUUCUCCUGCGUCUGGAGCUGCAGAUUCUCCUGCGCCUGGAGCUGCAGAUUCUCCUGCGUCUGGAGCUGCAGAUUCUCCUGCGUCUGGAGCUGCAGAUUCUCCUGCGUCUGGAGCUGCAGAUUCUCCUGCGUCUGGAGCUGCAGAUUCUCCUGCGCCUGGAGCUGCAGAUUCUCCUGCGUCUGGAGCUGCAGAUUCUCCUGCGUCUGGAGCUGCAGAUUCUCCUGCGCCUGGAGCUGCAGAUUCUCCUGCGUCUGGAGCUGCAGAUUCUCCUGCGCCUGGAGCUGCAGAUUCUCCUGCGUCUGGAGCUGCAGAUUCUCCUGCGUCUGGAGCUGCAGAUUCUCCUGCGUCUGGAGCUGCAGAUUCUCCUGCGCCUGGAGCUGCAGAUUCUCCUGCGUCUGGAGCUGCAGAUUCUCCUGCGUCUGGAGCUGCAGAUUCUCCUGCGCCUGGAGCUGCAGAUUCUCCUGCGUCUGGAGCUGCAGAUUCUCCUGCGUCUGGAGCUGCAGAUUCUCCUGCGCCUGGAGCUGCAGAUUCUCCUGCGUCUGGAGCUGCAGAUUCUCCUGCGCCUGGAGCUGCAGAUUCUCCUGCGUCUGGAGCUGCAGAUUCUCCUGCGUCUGGAGCUGCAGAUUCUCCUGCGUCUGGAGCUGCAGAUUCUCCUGCGCCUGGAGCUGCAGAUUCUCCUGCAUUCUCCUGCGCCUGGAGCUGCAGAUUCUCCUGCAUUCUCCUGCAUUCUCCUGCGUCUGGAGCUGCAGAUUCUCCUGCGUCUGGAGCUGCAGAUUCUCCUGCGUCUGGAGCUGCAGAUUCUCCUGCGUCUGGAGCUGCAGAUUCUCCUGCGCCUGGAGCUGCAGAUUCUCCUGCGUCUGGAGCUGCAGAUUCUCCUGCGUCUGGAGCUGCAGAUUCUCCUGCGCCUGGAGCUGCAGAUUCUCCUGCGUCUGGAGCUGCAGAUUCUCCUGCGCCUGGAGCUGCAGAUUCUCCUGCGUCUGGAGCUGCAGAUUCUCCUGCGUCUGGAGCUGCAGAUGAAUCUGCGUCUGGAGCUGCAGAUUCUCCUGCGCCUGGAGCUGCAGAUUCUCCUGCGCCUGGAGCUGCAGAUUCUCCUGCGUCUGGAGCUGCAGAUUCUCCUGCGUCUGGAGCUGCAGAUUCUCCUGCGUCUGGAGCUGCAGAUUCUCCUGCGCCUGGAGCUGCAGAUUCUCCUGCGCCUGGAGCUGCAGAUUCUCCUGCGUCUGGAGCUGCAGAUUCUCCUGCGUCUGGAGCUGCAGAUUCUCCUGCGUCUGGAGCUGCAGAUUCUCCUGCGUCUGGAGCUGCAGAUUCUCCUGCGUCUGGAGCUGCAGAUUCUCCUGCGUCUGGAGCUGCAGAUUCUCCUGCGUCUGGAGCUGCAGAUUCUCCUGCGCCUGGAGCUGCAGAUUCUCCUGCGUCUGGAGCUGCAGAUUCUCCUGCGUCUGGAGCUGCAGAUUCUCCUGCGUCUGGAGCUGCAGAUUCUCCUGCGUCUGGAGCUGCAGAUUCUCCUGCGUCUGGAGCUGCAGAUUCUCCUGCGUCUGGAGCUGCAGAUUCUCCUGCGUCUGGAGCUGCAGAUUCUCCUGCGCCUGGAGCUGCAGAUUCUCCUGCGUCUGGAGCUGCAGAUUCUCCUGCGCCUGGAGCUGCAGAUUCUCCUGCGUCUGGAGCUGCAGAUUCUCCUGCGUCUGGAGCUGCAGAUGAAUCUGCGUCUGGAGCUGCAGAUUCUCCUGCGCCUGGAGCUGCAGAUUCUCCUGCGUCUGGAGCUGCAGAUUCUCCUGCGUCUGGAGCUGCAGAUUCUCCUGCGCCUGGAGCUGCAGAUUUUCCUGCGUCUGGAGCUGCAGAUUCUCCUGCGCCUGGAGCUGCAGAUUCUCCUGCGCCUGGAGCUGCAGAUUCUCCUGCGCCUGGAGCUGCAGAUUCUCCUGCGCCUGGAGCUGCAGAUUCUCCUGCGUCUGGAGCUGCAGAUUCUCCUGCGUCUGGAGCUGCAGAUUCUCCUGCGCCUGGAGCUGCAGAUUCUCCUGCGUCUGGAGCUGCAGAUUCUCCUGCGUCUGGAGCUGCAGAUUCUCCUGCGCCUGGAGCUGCAGAUUCUCCUGCGCCUGGAGCUGCAGAUUCUCCUGCGUCUGGAGCUGCAGAUUCUCCUGCGUCUGGAGCUGCAGAUUCUCCUGCGUCUGGAGCUGCAGAUUCUCCUGCGCCUGGAGCUGCAGAUUCUCCUGCGUCUGGAGCUGCAGAUUCUCCUGCGCCUGGAGCUGCAGAUUCUCCUGCGUCUGGAGCUGCAGAUUCUCCUGCGCCUGGAGCUGCAGAUUCUCCUGCGCCUGGAGCUGCAGAUUCUCCUGCGUCUGGAGCUGCAGAUUCUCCUGCGCCUGGAGCUGCAGAUUCUCCUGCGUCUGGAGCUGCAGAUUCUCCUGCGUCUGGAGCUGCAGAUUCUCCUGCGUCUGGAGCUGCAGAUUCUCCUGCGUCUGGAGCUGCAGAUUCUCCUGCGCCUGGAGCUGCAGAUUCUCCUGCGUCUGGAGCUGCAGAUUCUCCUGCGUCUGGAGCUGCAGAUUCUCCUGCGCCUGGAGCUGCAGAUUCUCCUGCGCCUGGAGCUGCAGAUUCUCCUGCGUCUGGAGCUGCAGAUUCUCCUGCGUCUGGAGCUGCAGAUUCUCCUGCGUCUGGAGCUGCAGAUUCUCCUGCGCCUGGAGCUGCAGAUUCUCCUGCGCCUGGAGCUGCAGAUUCUCCUGCGUCUGGAGCUGCAGAUUCUCCUGCGCCUGGAGCUGCAGAUUCUCCUGCGUCUGGAGCUGCAGAUUCUCCUGCGUCUGGAGCUGCAGAUUCUCCUGCGUCUGGAGCUGCAGAUUCUCCCGCGUCUGGAGCUGCAGAUUCUCCCGCGUCUGGAGCUGCAGAUUCUCCCGCGUCUGGAGCUGCAGAUUCUCCCGCGUCUGGAGCUGCAGAUUCUCCUGCGUCUGGAGCUGCAGAUGAAUCUGCGUCUGGAGCUGCAGAUUCUCCUGCGCCUGGAGCUGCAGAUUCUCCUGCGUCUGGAGCUGCAGAUUCUCCUGCGUCUGGAGCUGCAGAUUCUCCUGCGCCUGGAGCUGCAGAUUUUCCUGCGUCUGGAGCUGCAGAUUCUCCUGCGCCUGGAGCUGCAGAUUCUCCUGCGCCUGGAGCUGCAGAUUCUCCUGCGCCUGGAGCUGCAGAUUCUCCUGCGCCUGGAGCUGCAGAUUCUCCUGCGUCUGGAGCUGCAGAUUCUCCUGCGUCUGGAGCUGCAGAUUCUCCUGCGCCUGGAGCUGCAGAUUCUCCUGCGUCUGGAGCUGCAGAUUCUCCUGCGUCUGGAGCUGCAGAUUCUCCUGCGUCUGGAGCUGCAGAUUCUCCUGCGUCUGGAGCUGCAGAUUCUCCUGCGCCUGGAGCUGCAGAUUCUCCUGCGCCUGGAGCUGCAGAUUCUCCUGCGUCUGGAGCUGCAGAUUCUCCUGCGCCUGGAGCUGCAGAUUCUCCUGCGCCUGGAGCUGCAGAUUCUCCUGCGCCUGGAGCUGCAGAUUCUCCUGCGUCUGGAGCUGCAGAUUCUCCUGCGUCUGGAGCUGCAGAUUCUCCUGCGCCUGGAGCUGCAGAUUCUCCUGCGUCUGGAGCUGCAGAUUCUCCUGCGUCUGGAGCUGCAGAUUCUCCUGCGUCUGGAGCUGCAGAUUCUCCUGCGCCUGGAGCUGCAGAUUCUCCUGCGCCUGGAGCUGCAGAUUCUCCUGCGUCUGGAGCUGCAGAUUCUCCUGCGUCUGGAGCUGCAGAUUCUCCUGCGCCUGGAGCUGCAGAUUCUCCUGCGCCUGGAGCUGCAGAUUCUCCUGCGUCUGGAGCUGCAGAUUCUCCUGCGUCUGGAGCUGCAGAUUCUCCUGCGUCUGGAGCUGCAGAUUCUCCUGCGCCUGGAGCUGCAGAUUCUCCUGCGUCUGGAGCUGCAGAUUCUCCUGCGCCUGGAGCUGCAGAUUCUCCUGCGUCUGGAGCUGCAGAUUCUCCUGCGCCUGGAGCUGCAGAUUCUCCUGCGCCUGGAGCUGCAGAUUCUCCUGCGUCUGGAGCUGCAGAUUCUCCUGCGCCUGGAGCUGCAGAUUCUCCUGCGUCUGGAGCUGCAGAUUCUCCUGCGCCUGGAGCUGCAGAUUCUCCUGCGUCUGGAGCUGCAGAUUCUCCUGCGUCUGGAGCUGCAGAUUCUCCUGCGCCUGGAGCUGCAGAUUCUCCUGCGUCUGGAGCUGCAGAUUCUCCUGCGUCUGGAGCUGCAGAUUCUCCUGCGUCUGGAGCUGCAGAUUCUCCCGCGUCUGGAGCUGCAGAUUCUCCCGCGUCUGGAGCUGCAGAUUCUCCCGCGUCUGGAGCUGCAGAUUCUCCUGCGUCUGGAGCUGCAGAUUCUCCUGCGUCUGGAGCUGCAGAUUCUCCUGCGCCUGGAGCUGCAGAUUCUCCUGCGUCUGGAGCUGCAGAUUCUCCUGCGUCUGGAGCUGCAGAUUCUCCUGCGUCUGGAGCUGCAGAUUCUCCUGCGCCUGGAGCUGCAGAUUCUCCUGCGUCUGGAGCUGCAGAUUCUCCUGCGUCUGGAGCUGCAGAUUCUCCUGCGUCUGGAGCUGCAGAUUCUCCUGCGUCUGGAGCUGCAGAUUCUCCUGCGCCUGGAGCUGCAGAUUCUCCUGCGCCUGGAGCUGCAGAUUCUCCUGCGUCUGGAGCUGCAGAUUCUCCUGCGUCUGGAGCUGCAGAUUCUCCUGCGUCUGGAGCUGCAGAUUCUCCUGCGCCUGGAGCUGCAGAUUCUCCUGCGUCUGGAGCUGCAGAUUCUCCUGCGUCUGGAGCUGCAGAUUCUCCUGCGCCUGGAGCUGCAGAUUCUCCUGCGUCUGGAGCUGCAGAUUCUCCUGCGUCUGGAGCUGCAGAUUCUCCUGCGUCUGGAGCUGCAGAUUCUCCUGCGUCUGGAGCUGCAGAUUCUCCUGCGCCUGGAGCUGCAGAUUCUCCUGCGCCUGGAGCUGCAGAUUCUCCUGCGUCUGGAGCUGCAGAUUCUCCUGCGUCUGGAGCUGCAGAUUCUCCUGCGUCUGGAGCUGCAGAUUCUCCUGCGCCUGGAGCUGCAGAUUCUCCUGCGUCUGGAGCUGCAGAUUCUCCUGCGUCUGGAGCUGCAGAUUCUCCUGCGCCUGGAGCUGCAGAUUCUCCUGCGUCUGGAGCUGCAGAUUCUCCUGCGCCUGGAGCUGCAGAUUCUCCUGCGUCUGGAGCUGCAGAUUCUCCUGCAUUCUCCUGCGUCUGGAGCUGCAGAUUCUCCUGCGUCUGGAGCUGCAGAUUCUCCCGCGUCUGGAGCUGCAGAUUCUCCCGCGUCUGGAGCUGCAGAUUCUCCCGCGUCUGGAGCUGCAGAUUCUCCCGCAUUCUCCUGCCUGCAGAUUCUCCUGCGCCUGGAGCUGCAGAUUCUCCUGCGCCUGGAGCUGCAGAUUCUCCUGCGUCUGGAGCUGCAGAUUCUCCUGCGUCUGGAGCUGCAGAUUCUCCUGCGCCUGGAGCUGCAGAUUCUCCUGCGUCUGGAGCUGCAGAUUCUCCUGCGUCUGGAGCUGCAGAUUCUCCUGCGCCUGGAGCUGCAGAUUCUCCUGCGUCUGGAGCUGCAGAUUCUCCUGCGUCUGGAGCUGCAGAUUCUCCUGCGUCUGGAGCUGCAGAUUCUCCUGCGCCUGGAGCUGCAGAUUCUCCUGCGUCUGGAGCUGCAGAUUCUCCUGCGUCUGGAGCUGCAGAUUCUCCUGCGUCUGGAGCUGCAGAUUCUCCUGCGUCUGGAGCUGCAGAUUCUCCUGCGCCUGGAGCUGCAGAUUCUCCUGCGCCUGGAGCUGCAGAUUCUCCUGCGUCUGGAGCUGCAGAUUCUCCUGCGUCUGGAGCUGCAGAUUCUCCUGCGCCUGGAGCUGCAGAUUCUCCUGCGUCUGGAGCUGCAGAUUCUCCUGCGUCUGGAGCUGCAGAUUCUCCUGCGUCUGGAGCUGCAGAUUCUCCUGCGUCUGGAGCUGCAGAUUCUCCUGCGUCUGGAGCUGCAGAUUCUCCUGCGUCUGGAGCUGCAGAUUCUCCUGCGUCUGGAGCUGCAGAUUCUCCUGCGUCUGGAGCUGCAGAUUCUCCUGCGCCUGGAGCUGCAGAUUCUCCUGCGCCUGGAGCUGCAGAUUCUCCUGCGUCUGGAGCUGCAGAUUCUCCUGCGUCUGGAGCUGCAGAUUCUCCUGCGUCUGGAGCUGCAGAUUCUCCUGCGUCUGGAGCUGCAGAUUCUCCUGCGUCUGGAGCUGCAGAUUCUCCUGCGUCUGGAGCUGCAGAUUCUCCUGCGCCUGGAGCUGCAGAUUCUCCUGCGCCUGGAGCUGCAGAUUCUCCUGCGUCUGGAGCUGCAGAUUCUCCUGCGUCUGGAGCUGCAGAUUCUCCUGCGUCUGGAGCUGCAGAUUCUCCCGCGUCUGGAGCUGCAGAUUCUCCCGCGUCUGGAGCUGCAGAUUCUCCCGCGUCUGGAGCUGCAGAUUCUCCUGCGUCUGGAGCUGCAGAUUCUCCUGCGUCUGGAGCUGCAGAUUCUCCUGCGUCUGGAGCUGCAGAUUCUCCUGCGUCUGGAGCUGCAGAUUCUCCUGCGCCUGGAGCUGCAGAUUCUCCUGCGCCUGGAGCUGCAGAUUCUCCUGCGUCUGGAGCUGCAGAUUCUCCUGCGUCUGGAGCUGCAGAUUCUCCUGCGCCUGGAGCUGCAGAUUCUCCUGCGCCUGGAGCUGCAGAUUCUCCUGCGUCUGGAGCUGCAGAUUCUCCUGCGUCUGGAGCUGCAGAUUCUCCUGCGCCUGGAGCUGCAGAUUCUCCUGCGCCUGGAGCUGCAGAUUCUCCUGCAUUCUCCUGCGUCUGGAGCUGCAGAUUCUCCUGCGUCUGGAGCUGCAGAUUCUCCUGCGCCUGGAGCUGCAGAUUCUCCUGCGCCUGGAGCUGCAGAUUCUCCUGCGUCUGGAGCUGCAGAUUCUCCCGCGUCUGGAGCUGCAGAUUCUCCCGCGUCUGGAGCUGCAGAUUCUCCCGCGUCUGGAGCUGCAGAUUCUCCUGCGUCUGGAGCUGCAGAUUCUCGCCACCAUCACCAACACGACAGGAGGCAGCAUUUGCUGAAACGAGUUUUGAGUCGACUCAAAACCUUUUCCCUCCUGUCCUCUCUCCCCCCUUUCCUCCGCACCACCACCACCACGACAGGAGGCUGCAUUCGCGCCCACCCUGCGGGGGCGGAGGAAGGUGCUGGUGGCAACCAACAUUGCAGAGACGUCUCUCACCAUCGAGGUGCGUGGGACUUCCCUAAUAACCUCUCUGCCGUUGAGGUGCCAUGGCGUCCAUGGCAUGUCCCUCCAUGCACCCCUGCUCAUGCCAUGCCCUCCAUGCACCCCUGCUCAUGCCAUGCCCUCCAUGCACCCCUGCUCAUGCCAUGCCCUCCAUGCACCCCUGCUCAUGCCAUGCCCUCCAUGCACCCCUGCUCAUGCCAUGCCCUCCAUGCACCCCUGCUCAUGCCAUGCCCUCCAUGCACCCCUGCUCAUGCCAUGCCCUCCAUGCACCCCUGCUCAUGCCAUGCCCUCCAUGCACCCCUGCUCAUGCCAUGCCCUCCAUGCACCCCUGCUCAUGCCAUGCCCUCCAUGCACCCCUGCUCAUGCCAUGCCCUCCAUGCACCCCUGCUCAUGCCAUGCCCUCCAUGCACCCCUGCUCAUGCCAUGCCCUCCAUGCACCCCUGCUCAUGCCAUGCCCUCCAUGCACCCCUGCUCAUGCCAUGCCCUCCAUGCACCCCUGCUCAUACCAUGCCCUCCAUGCACCCCUGCUCAUGCCAUGCCCUCCAUGCACCCCUGCUCAUGCCAUGCCCUCCAUGCACCCCUGCUCAUGCCAUGCCCUCCAUGCACCCCUGCUCAUGCCAUGCCCUCCAUGCACCCCUGCUCAUGCCAUGCCCUCCAUGCACCCCUGCUCAUGCCAUGCCCUCCAUGCACCCCUGCUCAUGCCAUGCCCUCCAUGCACCCCUGCUCAUGCCAUGCCCUCCAUGCACCCCUGCUCAUGCCAUGCCCUCCAUGCACCCCUGCUCAUGCCAUGCCCUCCAUGCACCCCUGCUCAUGCCAUGCCCUCCAUGCACCCCUGCUCAUGCCAUGCCCUCCAUGCACCCCUGCUCAUGCCAUGCCCUCCAUGCACCCCUGCUCAUGCCAUGCCCUCCAUGCACCCCUGCUCAUGCCAUGCCCUCCAUGCACCCCUGCUCAUGCCAUGCCCUCCAUGCACCCCUGCUCAUGCCAUGCCCUCCAUGCACCCUGCUCAUGCCAUGCCCUCCAUGCACCCCUGCUCAUGCCAUGCCCUCCAUGCACCCCUGCUCAUGCCAUGCCCUCCAUGCACCCCUGCUCAUGCCAUGCCCUCCAUGCACCCCUGCUCAUGCCAUGCCCUCCAUGCACCCUGCUCAUGCCAUGCCCUCCAUGCACCCCUGCUCAUGCCAUGCCCUCCAUGCACCCCUGCUCAUGCCAUGCCCUCCAUGCACCCCUGCUCAUGCCAUGCCCUCCAUGCACCCCUGCUCAUGCCAUGCCCUCCAUGUACCCUGCUCAUGCCAUGCCCUCCAUGCACCCCUGCUCAUGCCAUGCCCUCCAUGCACCCCUGCUCAUGCCAUGCCCUCCAUGCACCCCUGCUCAUGCCAUGCCCUCCAUGCACCCCUGCUCAUGCCAUGCCCUCCAUGCACCCCUGCUCAUGCCAUGCCCUCCAUGCACCCCUGCUCAUGCCAUGCCCUCCAUGCACCCCUGCUCAUGCCAUGCCCUCCAUGCACCCCUGCUCAUGCCAUGCCCUCCAUGCACCCCUGCUCAUGCCAUGCCCUCCAUGCACCCCUGCUCAUGCCAUGCCCUCCAUGCACCCCUGCUCAUGCCAUGCCCUCCAUGCACCCCUGCUCAUGCCAUGCCCUCCAUGCACCCCUGCUCAUGCCAUGCCCUCCAUGCACCCCUGCUCAUGCCAUGCCCUCCAUGCACCCCUGCUCAUGCCAUGCCCUCCAUGCACCCCUGCUCAUGCCAUGCCCUCCAUGCACCCCUGCUCAUGCCAUGCCCUCCAUGCACCCCUGCUCAUGCCAUGCCCUCCAUGCACCCCUGCUCAUGCCAUGCCCUCCAUGCACCCCUGCUCAUGCCAUGCCCUCCAUGCACCCCUGCUCAUGCCAUGCCCUCCAUGCACCCCUGCUCAUGCCAUGCCCUCCAUGCACCCCUGCUCAUGCCAUGCCCUCCAUGCACCCCUGCUCAUGCCAUGCCCUCCAUGCACCCCUGCUCAUGCCAUGCCCUCCAUGCACCCCUGCUCAUGCCAUGCCCUCCAUGCACCCCUGCUCAUGCCAUGCCCUCCAUGCACCCCUGCUCAUGCCAUGCCCUCCAUGCACCCCUGCUCAUGCCAUGCCCUCCAUGCACCCCUGCUCAUGCCAUGCCCUCCAUGCACACCUGCUCAUGCCAUGCCCUCCAUGCACCCCUGCUCAUGCCAUGCCCUCCAUGCACCCCUGCUCAUGCCAUGCCCUCCAUGCACCCCUGCUCAUGCCAUGCCCUCCAUGCACCCCUGCUCAUGCCAUGCCCUCCAUGCACCCCUGCUCAUGCCAUGCCCUCCAUGCACCCCUGCUCAUGCCAUGCCCUCUCUCCCUCAAGGCUGCUUGUAUGUUUGUCGUACCGAUUGUGGCUUAUGGAUGGCUCUGCUCCUCUCCCCCCUGCAGGGCAUAG